UCACUGGGCCAGGUGGUCCAGCAGAGGGCCGCUCCACCGGUCCGCUGAGUGGAAACAGUGGAGCUGUUGUGUCUGAGAGCUUAAAACCUCAGAUUAUACGGCAGGCCGCCUCUAUAAUUAAGAGCAGAGAAACUCUGAGAGUCUGUCGAGUCUGGACCUCUCCCUCUGCAGCAAGGUGGAGCAAAAUCAGGAGGCGAGGAAACCUGCUGGGUUCAUGUUGCACAGGGUGGAGAAGAAGAGCUGGCAGCCGGACAAAUCAGGAAAAAAAAAAAGCCAAAUUCAAGGGAGCCGAGGCUAUUUAGUUGCUCUGAGUUUUCCAGAGAGAGAAACGAUUUAAAGAAGAAGAAGUGAGUGGAGGAAAGCGCAGACGGCUGAGAACUGCUGCAGGGCAGCGGGAGCGCCUGUGGGCGGGGAGAGAGGAAGUGUGGUCGACAGGAGAGGAAUUUAAAGCCUCAUUGUUCUGCAGCAGCGGAGGCAGCAAGAGCUAAAGAGGAGGAAGAGGAGGAAGAGGAGGAAGAGGAGGACGACAUGGACGCGAGCGCAGCCGUGGAGAAGAUGUCUCUCAGAGGUGCAGGAGUGUGUCUGGUUUGUAAGGGCAGCUGCUCUGGAUUUCAGCCCCAUUCUUGGAGGAAAGCCUGCGUGGCGUGCGGCUGCUGCACGGUCGACCACGCUCCUGACGGGGACCUUGAGGACGAUCAGCGGAUGGGACGCCUCCUCGGAGACUCGCCCUGCUCGCACUUAACCGCAAAGGUCAAAGGUGGCGGCGGCCUUCGGGUGUACAAGAGAAACCGAAUGAUCGUGACGAACCCGGUGGUGUCGCGCAAAGACCCGACUUUCAACACCACCACGUACGACUGGGCGCCGGCCGGACUCAACCAGAAGCUGGCCAUGCAGUACAUGGAGCUCCUGCCUGAGGGUCAACGUCCCGUCUCGGGGACCGCCGGAGCCCUGGAGCGCCGCAGGCAGCUUCUCAGCCAGCUCCCUGUCUACGACCAGGACCCCAUGAAGUGUCAGAGUCUCAGUGAUGAGGAGGAGGUUUCCACCAUGAUUCUGUUUGUGAAGCACUUCAAACAGGAGGUUCUGGGCGUGGGCGAGGUGGCCCUACCUGGGGAGGGCGGCGCUCUGAAGGACGCAGCUGCUCAGAGGAUGGCGAAGGAGGUCAAAGAUCGCAGCGACAAGACGAACGCCGAGUGCCACCAGGACCAGACGGCGAGCAGCAGCGCCGGCUCCUCUGCUGUGAACGGAACCGACGGCAAAACUGAAUAUCGGUGUACGGGCUGCCACGGAGAAGUGGUGAAGGACGUCCCGGUUGUUUAUGCGGAGCGUGCCGGCUACCACGACGCCUUGUGGCAUCCCACCUGCUUUGUUUGCUCAGAGUGCAGCCAUGGGCUGGUGGACCUGGUCUACUUCUGGUCCAAUCAGAAGCUGCUCUGCGGACGGCAUUACUGCGAGUCGGUGUGGCCGCGAUGCUCCGGCUGCGACGAGCUCAUCUUCUGCAAGUCGUUCAUCACGGCGAAAGACGGACGGACGUGGCAUCGUCAACACCACUGCUGCUGGAAGUGCGGCCAAAGCCUGGAUUCGCCUUGUCAGCACUGAUGAAACUAAUUUUAGGUUUAAAACGUCAUGAACCGAGAUAAAAAGUGAUUAAGAAAACAGAAUAUUAGUACAUAUCAAAUCCAACAUGGCUCUUUUUACUUGCUAAGGAGUUACAAAGAGCUGAAUUAUGUUUUAGCAGAUAUGUAAGAUUGAUUAAUUAGUGUAUGAAACAUUUGACAGGACAUUAAACUGUCUUCAAAGCGUUUAAAGACUCAUCCAGGAAUGUUUCUGUAGCAGAAAUGUGUUUAAAGUGGCCGAAGAAACGUUCUCCUCUUAACGCGUUCUCCUUGUGCAGAGGCUCAUUCAGCCUGCAGCAGCAUACGGAGGCUCAGAGGGGACAUUUCAGGAAAACAUAAACACAAAUAAACCAUGUGGAUGAUCAACAAAGUGAAUUCAAAGUGAAUGCACUGAUGAAUAUAGCGACUUUUUAAUGCCUGCUUCUGGAAGUGUUUUUGUGUUUAAACUGUAGAAGAAGAAUAAAGUCUUGCAAAAUGACUCUAACGAGGGAGAAAGAUCUCGAGCCUGCAGAAGUUAUUGUCUCAUUGACGUCAACAUUAAAUGUUCAGUUGAAGUGUGAAACCUU